AUGUGGCGGCGCGCGGUGGCUCUGGCGCGAUGGGGCCUCGUCGGGAAAUUUCAGGCGGCGAGAGGCUUCCGAGUGAGCACUGUGAGGAGAGAAUGCGGGGGCACGGCCAGAGUCAGAUACAUCAGGGCUCUGAGGGCUGCUGAGGAGGCCUAUAGUAUCAAGAACAAACGACUAGGAAGACCAUUGUCGCCCGCCUUGAGCAUCUACAAAAAACAGCUGACCACCGUCUUGUCCAUCACGAACCGCCUGUCCGCCAUCUACCUGUCUACGCAGCUGGCCGCCGCCGGAUUGGCCUGCCUUUGGGCUUGCAGAAAAAAGGCCAAAUUUGAAGACUUAAUGCAAAGAAUCGAAAGUUGGAAAUUGGAGAACACCGGUAUAUACGCCAUGAAACUGAUGCUGGUCCUUCCCUUCGUCUAUCACAUGUGCCUAGGAAUUCGACAUCUAUUAUGGGACAGUGGAAGAUUUUUAACAAUCCCUCAAGUUUACAGAACAGGCUAUGUGGCCCUUUUGGCCUUCGUCCUGAUUUCUUUAGCCCUUGCAGGAUACGGAAUUCGCAAACAGCAACCGCCGCCGAAUAAAAGACCAAGGAUGUAG